GUUAAAUCGUCUUCUGUUCCGUUCAGAACCAUUCGAACCAUCGAUCAACUUCCAUUAUUGGCAAAUUUUGUUGAUUUUCAGAUCCAGAAGUACCAAAAAAUGCGCGUCUUCAUAACCGAGCACGUCCUGAUGCUACCCAGAUAGAGAACUUAAGGAACAAAUAGUCCGUUGUUCAUAUCGGCUAGCUUUUGAGGCUUGAAUGGAUGGGUAUUCAUUUGUGACUUAUUCGAAACUGGCGGGUUCAUUGGAUUGUUAUUGCGAUUGCAAGAGCUUUUAUGUUACUUUCUCAGUAUUCAGUAUAUUACUAUAAUUCAUAUGUAGGACAGAAAUAACUUAUGUUAAGAUGUAAUGAUGAGACCUUUUGAUAGUGGAUUCUCACCUCAAUCACCAAAUAAGAAUGAAGUACAAGCACAACAUACUUCUGUGCGCGAGGUGGAAAAUAACAAUCCUACUACUGUGAAAUGCAUCCUUAUAGGCGAUAAACAAGUCGGAAAAACUAGUUUGGUCGUUAGUUACACUUCCAAUGAUUAUCCAGCGGAAUACAGGCCAUCUGCCUUAGAUACAUUUUGUGUUGAAGUGUGUGCUAAUACACGACCAGUACAUCUACAAAUCUGUGACACAGGAGGAAAAGUGAGUGUCUCCAUCUGUUAUACUUCAUUGUAAAGUUAAGGUUUUCUUACUACUCCUUGUUCCAUUUGUAAUUGAAGUUUUCCAACCUGCUUUCUAUCAUUUGAUAUUAAAUCGAAUGUUUAUUCGAAACUUCAUACUCCUUUGUUACUCUCCAAGGUUAUAAAUGUUUUUGUAGCCCACAUCGACAGGCAAGAGGAACGUAGGGGCUGACUCAGCCAUAUAUUGAACACACUUUUGAGUCUCAAACAACAUUGCAGGUUCAAUAUUAAUUCUGUAUUAUGAUCGAAUGGGGGAUUCAGUAUCACUGUAUGUAUAAUUGCAUAAAGUGUACACAAAGUAACGCUACUGAAAAACUGCUUGUUGGCUAAUGUUUAUUGUGGUACACCUCAGUAUCAUGAAAAAGCAAAAAAUUCAAUCCAAAGACUGUAAAUGCUUAUUAAAAGCCACAAUAAUCAUGUCUUAUCUGACAGUGCUACUGGACCAAAUUAAAUGGAGUAGAUUGUAACUUGCGAUUCAGUGCCCCAGAAAUGUUUAAUAAGUUGAAACUUACAAACUGAAGUGCAUACUUUCCCCAAAAGUCAUUAUUUAUAUAUUUUCAACAUGUGUUAUUGUGAUGGAUAUAUUGACUUAACAUAUGGAACAAGCCUAGGGAAAGCUUUAGAAUUAAAUUAGAAAGACAGAUUCAUUCUACUUUUGACUAUUGAAGAUAAAGUAUACAAGCUGAUUAAAUCUCUGUGUACAUAUGAGUUUACCUUUUCAAACUCAUAGGCAAACAUCCCUCAACAUGACCAAGUAGUGAUAAGGCAAACAUUUCUUCGCUCAAUUCGUUCCGUAUUUAUUUACCAAAUGUCAAAAUGGAAAUUUUCACUAUAUUUAUUUUCUAACUCACGUUCGCUGUAUUUAUCUUAUUUUUUUUCCUAGUCAAUUUUCUCCUUUUAUGACGUUCAAUCACUUUAUUUUUGUAUGAAGUUCUACUUUUGUUUGUUUGAUUUUUGGAUGGCAGUCACAGGAUUGAAACAGAAGAUGUGGUUACAAUAGGUUUUAUUAUUGAUAUAAAGUUGACAUUAACUAUUCAUCAGACUUCCAAUAAAGUACUGUAUGGUAUUUGCUUUUUUAGUUGAAUGAAACAGUUACUACCGGGAAUUUAGCGACUAGAAUUAUUUAUCCAUAAAACGUUUGUCCUAACGCCUUAUUCAGACCCAGAUACGUUAUAACGGAACAAUUGAUAUGAUAGAUUACUGAAGCGUAUGAAAGAUAUACACUGGUAAUUUGGUUACAGAACUGAGCCCUUUAACCUGACCAAGUAGUAUCCAAGUGACAGAUUCACUAGCCAACUGACUGUAAAUGUUAGAAAAUUAAAGCUAUUGUUUUUUCUUUACGAAUAUUCGACGAAAAUGGUAUGAUUGUCCUAUUUUUCAGUUAAUUAAGAAGAGAAAUAUAGGUCACAAAGCCAAUGCUCAUUUACUUUGCUGCUCCAUAUAUAUAUAGUUUACUGUAAAAAGUUUAUUUCUAUAUCUCAACUCACCCGGAAAUCAAAUAUAAAGGUUGACUAUAAUAUACUCAGUUAAAUGUAUACUAAAUAAAGCCAUUUACUUUCUCAACUUCAUUGUUUUUAUAGAGUUUUUACAGAUAUAUAUGUUUGCUUUCAACCCUUACGAAUUUAUGUACUUAACGUCAUUUAUAUGAUGACAGUUAUCAUAACACAAAUAUUCAGUUCCAUCAGUGUCGAAUGAAACUUAUGUUCCUCAUAAAACUUGAACCUAAUUCGUUGAUUUCUUUGCAUUAUGGUGUUACUUGAGUCACAACUGGUCCUUUUUGAGAUCAGAUUGUCUACACAAACUAGUUGAUAGACAGAAACGAUGUUAUUCACUUGUGGCUUAAUUGUCUCGCUAAUUACCUACAUCCGUUACCCUUCGCGGAUCUUAGGCCUUAAUAUCGACUACUAAAUGCUUCAUUGUUGUGCCAUUUAGUUAGUUGCAUUCAUUAUCAACUGUGACCUAUGCCGGCGUUAAAGAUUGAACUGUCAUUUUUGUUAUUUUGUGAAAACUAUUUCAUAUAUUUGUUAAACAUUUCUAUUUGACUAUUCUUUUUCUACUUCCUUCAGGAAGAAGUUAGUUCUUUGAGACAUUUGUCAUAUUUGGAUGCACAUGUUAUCUUACUAUGUUUCUCUGUCGUCCGGCCAGAUACUUUUAGAUCCUUGAAAACUGUUUGGUUGAAAGAACUAGCGUCUGCUCCCAUUAUUCUUAACAGUGCUGCUGAACAAACUGCUUCAAAACUAUUCGGCUUAUCCACUACACGAAGAAAUAUUGAUAAUCUUUCAGCUUCAGCACCCACUAAAUCAAAAUCUUCUGUGCACACUAAUCGCGGAUUAAAAAGUGUAAAUGAAGCUAACUUAAUACCGGGUCCUAUAUUUCUUCUUAUUGGUUGUGCAUGUGAUCUACGUAAUGAUAUUGGACGUUUAUUAGAACUGUCUAAAGUUGGUGAAGAGCCUAUAGAUAAGGAAAAGGCCGAAUGUUUGGCUAUUGAAUUAGGCGCUGAAGCUUACGUAGAAUGUUCCGCGUUAACUCAGAAAAAUCUUAAGACUGUUUUCGAUCUAGCUAUUUGGUGUGGUCUUAAAGUAGCUGAUUCAGGUGGUCCAGUAUUAUUGCGUGAACCAAAGUCAAAUGGAUCAUUGUUAUAUAAUGGGGACUGCACACAAGCUUCUAAUAAUGAUAAUAGUAUUAGCAAUAACCAUAUGAUGACCGAUAGUCACCCAUUUCAUAUUGUAACAGAGAAUAAUAAGUGUAAAACUCUUAAAAAGGGUUGGCGCCGUUUCUUUUGUAUCAAUUCUUAAGUUAUUUUGUAAUUUAGUAUUUCUUUUUCAUUUAGUUGCUGAUGAUAAUGCUUCCUUUUUGAAAAUGUAAAUUGUUCAGUUUAUUAUCUAGUCAUUUAUGUUUAUUUUAUAGUACUUUAUGUAGUAACUAAUUACUUUUUGUUUCAUGUCUAACUAUAAUUACUGGUAGAUGAUAUGGUUGUGUAUUCAUAUCAACUUUACAACUCUAUUGCCAUGUUUUAUGCACUGAACAACUUGAAACUUAAUUGACUUUAUCUAGUCUUUUCUUAAUACUUAUUUCUUUCAAUUUUCUUUUUUAUUAUCCGGUGAUUAUGAACUCAUUUCUACCCAUUUACUACCUGCUGAACCCAUCAUUUACUUAGAAUUCCUCUUUAUAUAUAUACAAAUCCUUGCAUAACUUAUGUCGUGAUUUUAUCACAUUUGUGUACAUUAUUUUAUUUAAAACUAUUAAUUAAUGUGCCAUACAUGAAAUGUAUGCCAGAUAUACGUAUAUAAAUUAAACCAAAGCUGUAAUAUCUACUCUGAAUUGUUUUUACACCAUUUUUUUGCCUAUAUAUUUAUUUAUAUGUAUAACAUUGUACAUCCAGUCGUUGCUUUCUUUUCUCCAAAAACUAUUUUCCCUUUGUUUGUUAUCCACUUCGUAUGUAUAUGUAUGCAUAUAAUUCGUAAUAUCUGCCUUUAUUACUAAUUAAUAUAAAGAUUUUCGAAGCAUGAAGAUACUUUUUUAUUGAUUCUGUGCUUAAUUUUUCACAACAGUCAACAAAAAGUCGUAAACGUAUGGUUGUGGGCUGACUGGUAUUCUCCGGUAGAAAAACCCACUGUCUCUGAACUGUACACAAUACUCACUUAGUUCACAACUGAUGUAUUCAACCAGUGACCACUUUCCUCUAAAGUCAGUUAGUGUGCACCAGUACGGUCAUUCAACAAGGAUUAAAGUUAUUUUUCAAUUCAAAGCAAUGUAUCGUCCUUUUAUUUACAAAUAGUUUGAUAAGGCUCCUUGGACAAUUUUAUUUAUGCAUGCGUAUUUAUCCAGAUUUAUACUUGCUAUUACAAAUACAUAAUUUAUAAAACACCAUACAAAUGUUUAUCAUAAUUUGAAAUUGGUUUUUUUCAGAGUUCAAUCCGCUUACAUUCACAGUCGGAAUAUGCAUUUGGAGAAUAUAUGUUUUCAUUAUAAUGUUUUUGUUCGCGUAAUAUACGUUCAUGUUGCUUUUGUGCUCGUUUCAGAGUUUCGUGGGCUAAACGUGCACUUGAUUCCAUUGAUUCCUCAGACAGCGAACUACAGCUAGUCAGCGAUCCUGUUUCAUCCACUGUUCUUUGUUUUCGUUCGUAUUCAUUGCUAAACCAGUGGUUCUGCC